GCCCGCUACUAUUAAGAUUUAAUUCUUAUUACAAUGACCACCGUGUUUCAAACGGAUUCAGAUGAUGUAAAUGCCAAUUUUUGGUAUUCUUUAGCAUUCACUCUACAACAUGACACAACAAUCGGCGGUAGACUUGGAGCUUGGUCAACGAAUCAAUUCGUUUCCGGCUUUGAGCAAAUAUUCUACUUGGUUACUGCCAUGGACCCGAGCAUCAACUGGGGGUGCUCCGCCCCAAGAUACCCAAGUUGUUAGGAAACAGAUUGAGGACUUUCCACUAGGAUACCCUCGUUUCUCAGCUCUUGUUGCCUCUCAUAAUUCGUUCCACCUCUGUCGCCGAUUCUCUGGCUUGCGCGCGCGAUUACUUCUGCUUAAACAGGAUAAACUAUCGCUCUUGGAAAAGCAACUAGAGAAGAUCGAUAGAGAUGAAGGGCCUAGCCUAUCACUAGGAAGUUGUCGUCGGGACACUAACAGCGAAAGGCACGAGGUUCUUGCAAAGAUACAAGAUGCUUUAGCCGACUAUGAUGAGUACUUAGAGAGACACCAACGUGCUCUUUACUUCGAAUCUGCGCCACCACGUGCUAUAUCGAACCUAAGAAACUGGAUCAGCGGGACUGGCUGUGUAGCACGUAAUGAGACAGCCUACCUGGAAUACGAUGAAGACCUCGUCAGCCUUGCCACGUCAGAGGAUUUUCUGGUGACAUGGCUAGAGGUACAGGCAGAGAAUAUUCGCGUCUACUUGCAUAAGCUCCUUAUCAACAGUGGGCUUAAAAGUCCCCCAGGCACUCAGCUGGGCGUUUCGCGAGACCCAAAAGUGCACAUCUUCUCACCAUCGUCACUGAGGCUGAUGGUGAGAAUAUUUGUGGUACCCUUCAUAACAAUCCUCCUUCUUGCCCCAGUCAUUAUUUGUAGUUUUGUCAACAGUUUAUCGGCUAGACUAAUCAUCGUCGUCGCCGCUACCAUGAUGUUUGUGGUUGCUUUAUCCAGCCUCACUAGAACGCGGAUAGUCGAGCUAAUUGUAGCUGGCGCGACGUAUACUACAGUUCUCGUAGUCUUCAUAUCGGGUACAGGUGGACCCGCUCAUUAAUGGCCAAACCAAGCCUCAUUCGUUGUCAACAAUAAAUUAAGGGUGUGAGACCAUCAAUGCUUACCUGGGUGGAACUAGCCUUUUCUAUGUAAACGGCUGGGCGGUUGGUAGAAUUAGCCAUACAAUGUGCUGUAAUAUUUUGCCUUGUCAUGAAGGCUAGUUGUCAUUCUUCAAUACUACGUAACGGAUGCAAGGGAAUAGUCAUAGGGUUGCAUUGCUUUUCGCCACAACGUUGACAUCCAGUUAUCAUUUAGAAUAGUAACA